AUGCCAAAUCAUGUUGAAACAGCUUCUCAUUGCUUGGUUCGAUGGGAAGAUGAUGUCAAUCAAUUUGCAAUUGUUGAUACAAAACGAUCAAAAUCAGUAUCUCCAUUAAAAAUUGGUCUCACAACCUGUUUUGAAGGUUUUCAACGUGAACGUCGUCGAGGAACAAUUCUUUUUUUAGGUUCUAAAAAAGAUUGUUGUGUUUAUGGACUUGAUUUAGCUGAUGAUGAUAGACAUGUGAAUAUGUAUCAAUGGAGUGCUCCUCCUGGUCUUCGGGAAGAAUCAGAAGAAAUUGUUCAAACAAUUCGUCAGAGUACUUCUUCAUUUAAACGAACAAUAUCAACCAUGUCGUCAUCAUCAUCGAGUUCAACAACAACAGGAACAAAACAAAAGAAAAAAAAGGUUAUCAAUAACAAUCCAAACGAUGACGGACCAACAACAAAAGAUAAAUCGAUGCCACCACCUCCAUUAGCAUCAACAAUAACAAUAUAUGAUACGUUUAAUGCAUCUGAUAAAUGUGUUAGUGAAGGUCAACAAUCAAAUUCAAAUAAUAAACAUCAAUCAUCUUCACUUGUUACCUCAAAUUGUUCAACAACAAAUUCAAUAACAUCAUCAUCAACAGAUAUUAAUAGUUUACUCGAAGAAAUCAAAGUUUUACGUGAAAAACUUUCAUCUAUGGAUAGUGUUGAUUUAAAAGGUCAAAGUUACACAAAAUUGAAAGCAAUAAAUCCUGAAUUAAUGGAUAAUAUUUAUAAAUAUGUUCAAUAUGUUCAUGCUCCUAAAAUCAUUACACAAGGCGAAUUUUCUGGUGCAAUUUCGCUUCGUAGUCGACAUUUGGUUGAUCAAGAUAAAAAUAAAGAAAAUUCAUCAACAGCUUCGACAAAGAAGCAGCACCAGAAAUAUUUGAAAAACAAAAAAAAUACUGAACAUCAACAACGUUUAUCUUCACCAAAAGAAGUUUUAGUGGAGAACUCCGAUUCUGAAUGA